ACUCGCUCGUCUAUCCGUUCCUCCACCUCUCGUUGCCCGGGCUCCUAUCCUACACCCCUCUCCCGCGCGCCCACCACCUGUUCGACCCGACGCCGCUCCCCUCCACACGCGCCCCACAUUCCAGUCGCUCCCCCGCCCGCCCGCCGCCAAUGGCAACGACCGCCGCGGCCAUGGCGCCUCCCUCCACCUCCGCCUCCGCCUCCUCGGUCCUCCUCCUCCGCCGCCUCCCUUCCCCGGCCUCCGCUGCCCCCCGCCGCUGCCGCCUCGGCCCGCCGCCGCGCCUCCGCACCGCCCGCCCGCGGGUCUCCCUCACCAGCGACGUCUCCUCCUCGUCCGACGUGGCCGAGGAGGAGGCCGAGCACGCGCCCAAGGUCGGCAGGCGCGUGCGCGUCACGGCGCCCCUCCGCGUCUACCACGUCGUCAAGGCGCCCGACCUGGACAUCCAGGGCAUGGAGGGCGUCAUCAAGCAGUACGUCGGCGUCUGGAAGGGCAAGCGCAUCACCGCCAACUUCCCCUUCAAGGUCGAGUUCCAGCUCACCGUCGACACCCAGCCCAAGCCGGUCAAGCUCUUCGUCCACCUACGCGAGGACGAGUUCGAGUACAUCGACGACGAAUGAGAUAGACCACUGUACCUACCUCCUCCUCUGUAACAACUGUACAUGGCCAAGUAAGCCGACCGCCUUCCCUUUAUACAAUAAUAAUGGCCGCAGUGUAGGCGUGUGUAUAUUGUUCCGGUGUGUGUGUGUGUGUGUGUUUCUGGUGAGAGCAAGGGAUGAAGACUGAAGAGGGUAGGAAUUAGGAACGCAUGAGCAGGAAGUUGAUUGCUUGCCUGCUGUCGUUCCCUUGUUCCUCUUCUAAUUCAACAUCUAUUUUUUUCUCAGAUGUGGGGAAUUGAUCGGAUAAUAAUGAUUGAUAGUUCUAUAAAAUAACAAUGAUAAUUUUUGCUCUU